GUUAUGACUCCCCCUGCAGUGGUUGCUGCGCUGUGUUUUAGAAAAAAGGAAUAGGUUUCCACGGCGGGUUGUGACUCCCCUGCUGGUCGUGCUGCUUCCUCCGCCGUUUUCCUUUGCCCACCGCUCCUCCAGUUAUCGCCGCCGGCAACCGUGCGCACGACUCUGUUCGACUGACUCCCGUUGAGAGCAUGACUUUUGGUUUUGAAGAUUGAAGCCCAACAUCUCCCUUUCUCUUUCAAUUUUCCCUAUAUUUUGUCUUUUUUCUCAAGCAUGAAGACUGAAGCCCAACAUCUCCCUCAAGAUUUGAUAACUGAAAUUUUAUUGAGGUUGCCAGUGAAGUCUCUUAUACGCUUCAAGGCUGUGUGCAAGUUUUGGCGGUCUCUCAUAUCGGAUCCCCUUUUUGCAAACUCACAUUUUGAACUUGCUACUCCUAGACUUGUGUUCAGUACCAGGCUUGGUAUUCAAACCAUGGACUUAGAUGGAUGUCUUCACUCUAAUCCUAUUUCUGAACCAAUAAAUGUUGACUGUUUGCCUACCAGCUCUCCUAUUCGAAUUCUAGAUUCGUGUAGAGGCUUUCUGCUAUUCGAGAUUCUGCUAUCGAAGUUUUUGGACCGCAAUGCAAGCCUCUACUUGUGGAAUCCAUCCACACAUGUCCACAAACUAAUACCUCCAUCGCCUUCUCACAUCGGCUAUCAUGAUUUUCUAGAUGGUUUUGGGUAUGAUUCAUCAAAGGAUGACUACUUGGUGGUUCAAGUGUCUUGUCAUCAAAGAUGCCCACCUAGUUAUUUAGCAAUUGUGCAAAUUUUUUCAUUGAGAGCUAAUAUGUGGAAAAAUAUUAAGUUUACGGAUUUGCCUCACUUGAACCUCUCUUGUCAAUCGGGAAUUGGGGUGCUCUUCAACGGGGCUUUUCACUGGAUUGUUUAUGAUUCUGAUAAAUCCAGGUAUGUUAUUAUUGCCUUUGAUUUAAUGGAAGAGAGACUUUUUGAGAUACCCGUCCCAAAUGAUCCUUCCCAAUAUCUCAAGUUUUGUGAAUUGUGGGUGGAUGGAAGAUUUUUGAGUCUAUCAGCUUUGAGAAGUACUGAUACACUUGAAAUAUGGGUUAUGAAAAAUUACAAAGUGCAGUCAUCUUGGAGCAAGUCUCUUGUUCUAUCUUUGAGUUGCUUUUCCUACGUUUACCCAAUAUGCUCUACAAAACGUGGUGACGUUGUUAUGGAUUAUCGAGGUGAUGAUAAAGCAAAACGGGUGAAGUAUAGUGAUAAAGGAGAACAGCUUGAACAUCGUGAGUAUGGUGGUUAUCUUUUCUCCCAAGCGCACAUGUAUAAAGAGUCUAUCCUUUCAUUUCCUGGUGUAAGUGAGUGAAAUUAACAAUUAUGCUUAAUGAAACUGCGGCAAAUAGAAUAAGACUCCGUAUGAAAUUAUGCCUGAGGGCACUUGCUUAUAGAAGUUACUACAUGGGUUUAGUAUCUUUUCCUUGCUUCAUUAUUUUCUUAACUUUUUAUACACACCAUCAUUGAUUUUCCCCCCUUUUUAUGAUGAGUAAUUCCCCAUAAUUAAUGUCAAUACUGUGUUAAUGUUAGUUAUUUGAUUCAUUCCAUUAUUUUAGCUUGAAGCUGAAGAUUGAAUUCGAACCAGAUAUAGACCCACUUGUUGUGUGGUUCAUUUUUAAGGACUAUAAUUUUAGUGUGCAUUUUUUAUUUUUAUUGAACUCAAUGUUAAUUCAUGUUAAAUUCAAUAUAUCAAAAUUUUGCUUCUUUAAUUCAUGUCAUGCUCAAGUUAUUAAAUUUUAACUUCUCUAUUAAUGCAUUAAGAUACAUAAAAUCAUAUAGGCAUUAUCUCUAAUGUGAAACUAAA